CCUAGCUGUUAUAUCUCUCCCUGAUUUGACCAAUGGUGGUGCUGACAGCUGAGAAGACCCCUUCGACUGCUUGCACACCAAAGCGAAAAGCAUUCAUGCUCCCCCUUUUGGUGAUUUCCGCAAAGAAGUGCUGGCAAAUCUAUGUGGGCAUUCCGACAGCUGGUCUUAGAAAGGAAGAGAUGAUUGAUCGGUUAUACCAAGCCGACAAUGCAGCUGUCUUUGGUCACCCCACUAGAGUGACAAGUCUUGGGAGUGAGGAGCUUUUGGUGGCAUGUGUCAAAGCUCGAAUUCGAUCCACCCGAUAUGGGAAGAAUAUUGAUGGGCUUGAUUUUUGGGUUUGAGCAGUGAUUUACCAUAUUUGGGUUCCUCCAGUAGCAUUGCAGCAGGGCCACAGGUGGUCACAAUGACUACAACUGUGUGGCCCGAAGCUUGGUUGAGUGGCGCCAUGAAACCCAAUGUUGCAUAGAAGAUUACAGAAGAUCGUAGCUUUGUGAGGGACUUCCCUCCCAUAAUUCAAAAUUGCUUCUCACAAAUUUAUGUGUGUUGCGAACUUUCAUCGCUGGAAGGAGAAA